AUGGACGCCUCCAUCGUGAAGAUGAUCACCUCAUUCUCGGUGGAGAACAAGGAAGCGGUGGAUAGGGCGCCGUCGUGUGGAAGCUUGGGUGGUUGCCUCAAAUUCAAUACUCUUCGUUGCCCUGAUAAAGUAAUUGUUCCCUUGCAGGAUGUGGGGUUGUGGUUAGAGAAGAUAAACCUUGGUGGCUAUCGCCAAGCAUUUGAAGAAAAUGGUGUCAACGGAGAGUAUCUGGAAAGCCUCUCCACAUUUACUACAGAGCAGAUUCUGCGAUUUAUCAGACGGUGUCACAUGAAAUGGGGAGAUUUUAUCACGCUUUGUAAAGAGUUGAGGCGCAUUAAAGUUGCCUGCCUGAAAGGGGAGCAGGAAGUCCGCAGGCCAUGGUGGGCGCCACCAUGCCUGUCAAUCGUAUUCGUGAGGGUGGCCAAGCGGAACCGGCAGUCCCGAGUCGUCUCCCUGAAGCUAGAACCUUAGAAGCUUUGUCACCCUACUCUGAACUUCUAUCUUUGUGCACUCCUUGGCGAUCCUGGCUCCUGGGGUUGCGCUUUCAGCCGGAGGAGAGAUAACAUGCUGUCUGUGCAAAGUGUAAACCGGUGCUGUUUGUAUUUGUUGAUUUGUUUUCUAUAUAUGUAGGGUUUAGACAACAAGGACAUAGCAUACAUGUACUGUGUAGAUGGUCCGCCGUGAACAACUGUAUUUUCUCUGUCAAUCUUUAACUUCCGCGAUCCUUCAGCGAACCACCUAUGGUGACUUGGUCAAAUUUUAAUAUAUGGGGUCGAAAUCUUCUGUAGGCGGCCACUUAAAUCAA